AUAUUGCAUGCAUGCUUUUGCAUUGUAUCAUAGGUUAUGUCUUGUUCGGGCCUUCCUUCCUUGGGUUAAAUUCUAACUUUAAUUCCAUAUUUAGAUUCAAAUUUUCAGAGAAAUAGGCCUGUAAAUGGGGAAAACACGAAUACGGCUUAAAGGUGCUAAAGGUAAAAGAUGGGCGAAGGGGCACAGUUCUAGUUCAAACCCUCAGACUACUAAACAUCGUGAUGCCGCCAAGUCAAGAUUCUUUCAAGAAAACUUGAGUCUCCCUUCAAGUCUUACAACCGAAGCCUUGAAAAAGCACAAUGCCUUUACAUUUGGUGCUAAGAAGAAAACUGAUGAAAUGGAGGUGGAAGAUGAUGCACAGAGUGCAAGCACAUUUAAAACAGUAGACACAUUUGCAAGUGACUGGAGUGCCUGCUCAAACAAAUCCUUCAACAUGCUCCUGACACAGUUCCGGCCAGACUCUGAAAUACACAAGGAGAUGUUAGCAAUACUGGCAGCUGUAACCGAAGUUAUCAAGUCACAAGGAGGGAAGGAAUCCAACACUGAAUACUUUGGAGCUCUGAUGACGACACUGUCCGAUGUAGAGUUGGAAGAGACCCCUCUAGCCGCUACCUUGUACCUACUACAGAUGGGUAUCAGAGGUGUGCCCACUGGCGUCUUGCAAUCCAGGUUCUCCCAGUGCAGCAAAAUAUUCCUAGACAUUCUUUCAAAAUAUGCAGAAAAUGAAAACAAUGUCAUCAUGAGAGGACUAUUCAGCUGCAUAUCAGUUUUAUUGAGGGCGCAAGAGUUGGGCGUGUGGAAAGAUCAUUCCACCAAGAAAAUAUUGGAAUCGAUGCUAAUCUUCACUGUGCAUUCAAAACCCAAAGUGAGGAAAGCUGCUCAGAAAGCUGUCGGUUCCGUGCUGAAGAAGAGCUCAAUGAUGCAGGGAGAUAACCCGCCACCCCACCACCCUGCGGCCACCAUCGUCGCUGACUUCUGUGUGAGGCAGAUGGAGAAGCAUGGUGCUGGCACGACUACCCUGCAUGUCCUGGGCAUGCUCAAGGAGAUACUGGCUACAUUCCCUCGAAGCCACCUCAAGACAAGUUGUGAGACUAUCCUGAAAGUGAUGACUCUGGGUAACAUUCUGAUCAACAGCUGUGGACUGCAAGCUCUACACGGACUGUUUGUGUCUCGCCCGUCCCCAGCAGUGCUGCCAGCUGAACUAAACGCUAAACUGAUCGCAGCGUUGUACGACUACCAACCGUCAGCUGUUGAUGCUCAGCCCACCCAGGCUUGGCUGGCCGUCAUGCAGGAGGCAUUCAUCAACCUGAACAAGCUGGACCAAGGUGAGAGUGUGGCUAAUCUCCCCCACCUGUUCCUGCUACUGACGACACUGUGGCUGUCAGACAAGCCAGAGGUGUUGACUGCCACUACACUCACUAUGAGAGCUCUAGUAGAGGAGGUGGUAGGACCUGCGGCAGCUCUGCCUCAACACCGCACAGCUGUAGCCAACGUCAUAGCCACUGUACAAGCCGGCCUCAAGUAUCAGUACCAUGCUGCCUGGACACACGUGCUUCACGUUAUCGGAGUUCUGUUCAAGGUGUGUGGGGAGCACUGUGUAGACAGGCUGACACCUUGCCUACAAGAACUGGCAGAUCUAAGAGACUCCCACCAGUUCUGUUUCACCAGUGAGUUGGACCAUGCUGUUGGACAAGCAGUUCGCUCUAUGGGCCCAGACGUUGUUAUCAGGGCGAUUCCACUACAGCUGAAGGGGAGCAUGGAUACUGCCCAGGAGUUCAAAAGAUCCUGGAUAUUACCCAUCCUGAAAGAGAACAUCCAGAAGUCAACUUUGAAAUGUUUCAUCGACCAAUUCAUGCCACUUGCUGUUAUGUGCAGGAACCAGUCAGCCAAGUUUGCAGCCGAGAACAACCAAGUGCGGUCACUGAGCUACGACCUGAUGCAGACUCAGCUGUGGGCCUUACUGCCCAGCUUCUGUAGCCAGCCUGCGGACAUUGCCACCUUCUUCUCGGGAAUAGCCAAGCCACUGGGAAGUAUGCUGAGUAACCAGAAGGAUCAGAGACUGUCAGUGAUGUCUGCUCUGCGCCGACUCAUCACCUAUGCAAGGGACAACCAACGUCAGCAGGAUGUUGCAGAGUUGGCUAGGUUUGCCAAGAAUUACCUUCCGAUCCUGUUUAACCAGUACACCACCCCGGCCAAAGGCACAGAUGAGGAAGGCAUUCGGCUGGCUACACUGGAGACGAUCAAGGUUUACUUAUCAAUCUCCAAUGAGGAACUGACGUGUGAGCUGUUUGACAGAGCUCUGGCCAAGCUAGACUCACUUGCUAAAGGUGAUAACUUUGUGAGAGAGAGUGUGCUGGACUUGCUCAGGACAUUGUCUGUACAUCAGAAGAAACACAAGGUCGCUGAACUCUACUCUCGCACUGUCGCCAAACUGAAGGAAGUCUCCGACCACAAGGAGCAGAAAAAAUACUACAGGAUUUUGGAAGAUUUGUGUGCAGGUGAUAGUGAGGGAUGCAAGCAGUUUUUUGAUGACCACAUUGAAGAUAUAAAGGGAAUAUUACUAGAGUCACUGUCAAAAUCAGCCGUCAACAGUAAAGGGCCUAGACUACGCUGCCUGCUACUGCUGCUCGACCACGCACGCACAUCCACACAGGAUCUGAUAGCGUCUGUGGUGCCCGAGGCCGUGCUGUGCUGCAAAGACAACAACGCCAAGUGUCGCCAGACCGCAUAUGAGCUACUACACAAGAUGGCUGACGUGAUGGCAGACCGAGGUCUGCUGGACAGAUACCUGGAGAUGAUCAUGGCUGGUCUGGUUGGCUCACAACAGCUGACUAGUGCCACCUUGCUGGCUCUGGCUGCCAUAACACAUCACAGUAGAGAGACCAUGCCGGAGGAUCUGGUGAGGCUGGUGUUCAGCAACGUUUGUCUGCUGUGUUGUUCUGCCUCCAGGGAGAUCGUUGGCUCUGCUCUGAGCUAUCUCAAAGUCUUCAUCACUUCAAUGGACAAUGAACUGGUCGCUCAGUCUGUGCCAAACAUUAUGAAAGUGAUGGUGGGCAUGACAGAAGACUGUAAGCGCCAUUUCCGUACCAAGACAAGAGACUUGCUGGCUCGGCUAGUGCGGUGGUAUGGCGCAGACAAUGUGAUAGCUCUGAUGCCGGAGACAGAGAAAGUGAUGCGUGCGAGGUUGCGCAAUAUGCGCAAAAUUCAGGCUCGCAAAACACGCAAAUGGGCGGAGUUACGUGAAGCAAAGGCAAACAACAAGGACGACGAAGAAGAUGACCAGUUCUCUGUCAAGAGUAAAUUGAAGAGUAUUGAUGACAUUUUGGCUGAUUUGGACGAUUCAGAUAUGGAAUUAGAUGAAAUGGUGGAUGAUAAACCAAAAACCAAAACCAAGAAGAAGAGCAAUGUGUACAUCAGGGAGGGGGCCGAUGAUAUUGUUGAUUUUACUGAUAUCUCGACAACCAAGAAAAUUUCUUCAUCAAGACCAGACCAGGUUGGCUUUGGGCAGUCAGAAUUGCAAAAGAAGAAAAAGAAGGAAAGUUCUUUUAAGACAGCUCCUGAUGGGAGGUUGAUCAUCAAGGACCACAGUGACUCGGACGAUGAACCUCGCAAGAAGCCAGGACACAUCCCUGGACUCUCCGACUCAGAAGACGAAGAUGAUGAGUUCAAUGAAGCCCGCAGCACUGUUUCUUCAGUAGCGCAGAACCGCAAAAGGCACUUGAGCACAAGCAGUGUCGCCACAUCAUCCACCAUGCCCGCCAUGAAGUAUCAAGCUGGAGGUGUCGGUAUUCAUAGACCAAUCAAGAAGACAAAGCCUGGUACCAAACAAAAUCUGAAAGGAUCUCUCGGAUCUGAAUACAAAUCCAAAAAAGCCCAAGGAGACGUUAAGAGGAAAGGCCUUCCAGAUCCGUAUGCAUACGUUCCCUUACGCAAAGAUGCUCUUAACAGAAGAAAAAGAGCAAAAGCUGUCGGGCAGUUCAAGAACAUUCUGAAGGGUGCGAAGAAAGGAGCAGUGAUAGGAGCCAAAAACAAAAUGAAGAUGAAAAUGAAACAGAAAAAGAAAAUGUAAUAAUAAUGUUUUAUUUUUGUUGUAAUUUUGUAUGAACUGUAUAUAUAAUAGAUAAAAAAAAUAG